AUGGCUCAAGCAAAUACAUCCAAGAAACUCCUUCAGGCGUUGACCUCCCCUUCCAAACUUGCCUCUCGAUUCGAUUGGCGCAAAGUCAAUGGUGGGUCCGUCUUGAGUCUCAAUAUUCACAAGGAUCGUAUUGGAUUGGCAUUAGCAGCACAUCCAAGCUACGGGAAUGGACCGUAUACACUUGAAUCCAUUCCAUUGGCACGCAAAACCAAGGUCACGGAAGAAUCCAAGAAGGCCUUGGCCAAUAUCAUUGAAGAACACAACGUUUGUGGCUUUGUGGUUUCGUGGCCAUUGCAACCAGACUCUCAACGUAUGGGGGCUGCUUGCGGACGGGUCUUGCAUACUUUGGAGCAAUUGUUGCAGCCAUCCAAAGAUGCUGCUGAGGAAUUCAAGACGAAUACCAAAUCCAAGGCCAAAACCAACACCCCAUUAAUUUCUGCCAAUCGCCCUUGUGUUCUCUGGAAGGAUUCUCAAUCAAAGACCAUUGAGGAACCUGACGUCUUUGGCCGAUUAGAGGCCUUUGCCAAGGUCCCUUCCAGUGACAAGACGGUUCACAUUGCUUCCAUUGAGCAAUACAAUCCGGACGAUGCCACGGUCGCAAGCCAAGUAUGGAGCGACUUUAUGCGCGUCCAUUGGCCCGAUUUGCACCGGGAGCAAGAACAUCAAGAGCUUGUGGCGUGUCAUCAUCAACAAAUGAAGAAUACUUUACUGACACAAACAUCGGCAUCGGCAGUCAUUGCCGCUGUUGCAGUCAAGGGCGGAAGAUCUUCCCAUGAUGUUGAGGAUGAUGCCUCCUACAUGCAGGCUGCCAUCUAA